GGCGGCGGCGGCGGCCAAGGCCGAGACCGAGACCGAGGCGGCGGAGACUGAGGCGAAGGCGGCGGUUACUUAGCCGGUGACGGUGCUCCCCCGGACUCCCUUCCAGGCCCCAUGGAGGCGGCGGCGGGCGGGGGCUGCGGCUCUGGGCCGCCUCUGCUGCUGAGCGAGGGCGAGCAGCAGUGCUACUCCGAGCUCUUCGCGCGUUGCGCCGCCGCCGGCGCCGCAGGCGGGGGCCCCGGGUCCGGGCCCCCUGAGACCGCCAGAGCCGUCCCCAGCGCGGCCACCGCAGCCGCGGGCCCUGUGGCCGACCUAUUCCGGGCGUCACAGCUGCCCGCCGAGACGUUGCACCAGAUCACAGAACUGUGUGGUGCAAAGCGGGUUGGUUAUUUUGGUCCAACACAGUUUUACAUUGCCUUAAAAUUGAUUGCUGCAGCACAGUCUGGCCUUCCUGUACGGAUAGAGAGUAUUAAAUGUGAACUGCCGCUGCCUCGCUUUCUGAUGUCAAAGACCGAUGCUGAGAUCCGAUUUGGGAACCCGACUGAACUGCAUGGAACUAAGGUUCAGAUUCCAUAUUUAAUCACAGAAAAAAAUGCCUUCAAAAGAAUGGACGAUGAGGAUAAACAGCAGGAAACACAGUCUCCCACGAUGUCACCCCUCGCCUCCCCUCCUUCUUCCCCGCCUCAUUACCAGAGGGUGCCCUUGAGCCAUGCCUACGGCAAACUGCGGAGCAACACGGAGCAGAUGCAUCCAGCUCCUUAUGAAGCUAGACAGCCCCUUGUCCAGCCUGAAGGACCCUCAUCGGGGGCCCCAGGAACCAAACCCCCUCGCCAUCAGGCUUCCCUUAUUCGGUCCUUUUCCGUGGAGAGAGAACCGCAGGAUAACAACAGUAAUUACCCAGAUGAACCCUGGAGGAUAACAGAAGAACAGCGCGAGUACUAUGUCAAUCAGUUCCGAUCCCUUCAGCCUGACCCGAGCUCCUUCAUUUCAGGUUCUGUGGCCAAGAACUUCUUCACCAAAUCAAAGCUUUCCAUUCCAGAACUCUCCUACAUAUGGGAACUGAGUGAUGCUGACUGUGAUGGAGCCCUGACCCUGCCUGAGUUCUGUGCUGCGUUUCAUCUCAUUGUGGCCCGGAAAAACGGCUACCCGCUGCCAGAGGGCCUGCCUCCAACUCUGCAGACAGAGUACCUGCAAGCAGCUUUUCCUAAGCCCAAGCGGGAGUGUGCAUUAUUUGAUUCUUAUUCUGAGUCAAUGCCUGCAAACCAACAACCCCGUGACUUGAAUCGGAUGGAGAAGCUAUCUGUUAAAGACAUGGCUGACUUUCCUGUCCCAACUCAAGAUGUGACUAGUGAUGACAAACAAGGUUUGAAAAGUACUGCGGAUGAAGCCUUACCAAAGGACGUGUCUGAGGAUACAGCCACUUCUAAGGAUUCCAACAGCCUCAAAGCAAGACCAAGAUCCAGAUCUUACUCUAGCACCUCCAUAGAAGAGGCCAUGAAAAGGGGCGAGGACCCUCCCACCCCGCCACCGCGGCCACAGAAAACCCACUCCAGAGCCUCCUCCUUGGAUCUGAAUAAAGUCUUCCAGCCCAGUGUGCCAGCUACUAAGUCAGGAUUGUUACCUCCGCCGCCUGCGCUCCCUCCAAGACCUUGUCCAUCACAGAUUUCCCAUCUCAGGGUAAACAGUAAGCGCAGUGCUCAGCCCAGGCCUCCAACUCAGCUGCCUAACUAUGGAGAUUUCAGACUGCAGAAACAGUCUGAGCAAGCGCCUGAGGCUGAACUACACCCCCAGCUGAACAGAGCCCCCUCCCAAGCUGCAGAGAGCAGUCCAGCAAAGAAGGACAUACCGUAUUCUCAGCCUCCAUCAAAGCCCAUCCGAAGGAAAUUCCGACCUGAAAACCCAGCUACAGAAAACCAAGACACUUCUACCACUGUUGGCGGGCCAGCAUCGGCAGCGACUGUGAAACCCCACGCGGCAGUCCAAAAACAGUCUUCCAAACAGAAGAAGGCUAUUCAAACUGCUAUCCGCAAAAAUAAAGAGGCAAACGCGGUGCUGGCCCGGUUGAACAGUGAACUUCAGCAGCAGCUCAAGGAGGUUCAUCAAGAACGGAUUGCAUUGGAAAACCAAUUGGAACAACUUCGUCCAGUCACUGUGUUGUAAUCCCCAAGAUUCAAGUAACAGUGGGCGACUCUUUCUUCCAAGAUCUUUCCUUUGAAUGUUUCAACCCAACUACUUGUCAUAGAUGUCUAAGACUGUGUGAAAAGCUGUGAGCGGCAGAAUAUAAUCCAUAUUUCCUUUUCUCUUGUAGUUCACUUGUACCUUUUACUCUGGUGGAAAAAAUACAACCAGUUAUCACACUUGAAAUUGUAAUUAUCAGUGGAAUUUAUCUCACAUUCUUAAGUACUUCCUCAAGUUGUUAGAUGUUUCUCCUUACCAAAAACCAAUCUUCUAGCAAAUGAAAACACGUUAGAGCAUUAUUUAUUUAAAGAAUUUAUGAUUUGUAUAAAACCUCAUAACCUAGUACCUUCAGGAUGCUUGUUUUAUUUUUGUAUGUAUAUCAAAUACAGUAGGUUGGUUUCCUGAAUAAUUGGGAUUCCAACUGGAUAGUCUUUGGCAUGAUGAUAAUAAAAACAAAAACUAAAACGAGCAUCAGAUUUAGACUGGCGCUGUGCCCUCUGCCACCAUAUGCCAAAACUGCUUCUUAGUGCCAUUUUGACAUUAUAUCUAGCUAUAAAUAAUACAUAACUAUUGUUUUCCGUUGGAUGGCAGAGAUUUAUUGGGUCUUUGCACCUCUGUAAAGUGAAAGUUUUGUCAGUGAUCUAUUUAACUUGGCCCAGCCAGGCCAUCAGCUCACAGAACUCGGUCCUUUCAUGUAAAUUUUUGUGCAAGAGCAAUCUGCUUUUUUAACUGCCUCACCUGCUUAAAUUGAACAAAUAGUUGCCAGAUCUCUACUUUUAUCCUGCAUGGGAUAACAUACCUGUAAAUGCAUGUAUUUGGAAACCUCCCGUCAGAUGCAAAAGGCCGAAGAGAUUGUUUGGACUGAUAAAUAUUUGUUGCUUGAACCCAGGUAUUCAACCUGGGGAAUAAGGGGAACUGGUUGUUACCAGCACUCCAGCAACUCUGGGAGUUAUUUCUGUCCCUGUUAUUUUAACCUGAAUUGUGAUUGUAUUGAGUACAAAGAAAUAAUGAAAGAAACCCCAUCUUCACUCUGGGGGUACAACUGUUCGUUCUGUGUGAAGUGCACCCUGGGGAAGUGAUUGGUUUAUGUACAGCCCAGCGGAGCCCAGCUGACUCCAGCAUGUGUGAUGUAAAACCAUGAGCUCAAAUUGCAGAAGCCAGCAUGCUGUAGAAACUUUGAUCACCUGCUCCCCCUGAAAGCUCAAGUUCAAAGUGGGUAUCGAUCGACCCUCACAGGGGUCAGGGCAUGCCUGCUUUAACAUCACUUUGAGAGACUGAUUAUAACAAAUACCGUCUCUUGUGCAUUUUACUAAUUUACCCAUUCUUAGAGUAGACGGGUGGGGUGUGCCUACGGUCCUUUCUGAAGUGCUUUAGGAUGGGUUUGCAGUAUGUGGGAUCAAGCCUCUGGUUUCAGUAGGUUGACGGCUCUUAGAAUAAGUGGGUGUUUAUUUAAUGCUUCCUUAUUUUACUUGCCAGCUUUAUCAAUAGCUUAAUAACAGAAGAGAAAGGCUCAAACAGAUGAUGUUUUCCCGAAGAAAAAUAAGUUGGUGGUUCUAUUCUGUGUGUAUUAAAGGAUGAUUUGGAAUUGAUUUGAUUUUGAAAAUCAAAAAACUUGAACUAUUUCUCUGUUCUCCCUUCCCUUUUGGUUGCCUUUUCUGCCCCUCGGGGAGGGGUUUGGAGUCAUUUAAAACCCUUCCUAAGAUUAUAAAUGGGCGGUGCAAAUUUUUUAGAUAACCUCCUUUCCCAUGUUCUGAGACCUGGGGGCUGUAAGGAAUUUUAUCAAGUGUCCUCGUUGCACACAUUUGACAGCAUGAUUACCGUUUGUUAUGUUCCAUCCAGGAAAGACUGACAUUGGCACUUCAUCUCAUAAUCUUCCAGGACAUACACACUCACUCAAGAUAGUGCCACAUAGCCAUUGAGCAGGCACACAAAUGAAAGAAUGUUAGUCACUAUUCUACAUUUAAGAAAUAUUGAGAUGUUUUUCCCCGAUCAGUCCAUGCCGCAGUGAGACAAAUUAGGAUGUUCAGGUUUUGUUUACUUGGCUUGGUUUUCAUUAAAGGAACAAACUCGCGUUGGACAGUUAAAGCCCCGUGAGUCACAUAGCGUCACCCGUAUUUUAAGAUGAGCGCCGCAUUAAAGCCCACAUCAGUAAUGUCUAUGCCCAGCUUUCUUGACUGCACUUAACAGUGACCACAGUUUAUUAGUUGCUCAGAAGUGGAUUUUAAAAGAGAAAACCAGUACACACUAUUAUGAUUACCCGACUAGUGCUCAUCUUCUGUUCCUCUGUUUUCUUAGGAUAUGCACUUUUAAUGUAAGACUAUAACUCCUGUUAAUGUUCCUGUGAGCCUUUAAUGUGACUUGUAGGAAGGCUGAGUUGGUGAAGUCACCGUUAGCCCUCUUCUAUAAAACCACUCCCAAAUUAGACCUGCUCGUUGGGCAGAAUUCAAUGGACAGAAGGUCGGUGUUGCCCCCCGUCCAUGGAGGUUUAAUAAGCUGCUUGUUGAGUGGUCCUCCUCCAUAGGGUCCUGGUGCCCCAAAGCGGGAAGCGCAGCAGGAAUUUACAGCAGGCUUCCAGGUACCCUCAUGUGCCUUGUAUGUGGCCUACUGCUUUUGCCCCCUCCCUGUCCAUUAGACAUGAAGCCAAAGUAGAAGGUGGAUAUCUGGAAUGGAAGUGCAUGUUGUGAUCAAGGCAGAUACUUGGAUUCGCUUUAGUUGGAAAGAUCUAACCACUUUAUGAAUAUUAGAGGGGUGCUUCGGGCCUGAUCGGGAGAGGAGACAUCUUGGCUGGAAGCCCAUUUUACUCUCAUUGGAGAAUGGGAUGUCCGAGCGGAGAGGACUUGGACCCGUCUCCUGCAGUUUGCUCUUGGGGAAGCCACACUUUCUAGCCCGAGAAUCCAUAGAAGGAGGUAACUAGUGGCAGAGCUGGGAUGCCAGCUGCUCUUAGGGAUUCUAAGUCAA